CCGCCCCAGAAUCGGACAUUCUCUGUACGCCUGGGCCAAUUGCAUCAAGCGCGACGGGGCGUUUGUUAUCAUUUGGGGAACUACAAAUGCGCAGCUGCCGCUCAUAGCCGGGACCGCGGACUGCUUCCGACCUUCGACAGCGACAAGAGGACUGCGCAAGAGGCCUCGCGAGAAGCAUGUUCGCCCGCUGCAACGGCCCGCUCUGGCGCCUGGACGACUUCUCGUCCUGCUUUGAGCAUGACUAUCUUCAGACAUUGAUUCCCCUCGCAUUCUGCGCCGUGUCACUCCUUUACCUCGCAUUCCAGCUAUACCAGGAAGCGAAAGCGUCUAAGUACUAUCACGCCUACUCGGUACUCCAAGAUCCUCUCCAACCGUGGUCAAUACACAGCCGCCACUACGAUGGCGACGAUCCGGAUUCCAGCGAUGACGACGAGUUCGAUCGCCACGAGCAGCUCGCUUUACAUCCGACCGCCAGUCGCCAAACUACGUCUACGAUGGCGGUGACCAAACCGCGCGGCGAACUCACGGUUGUCGUGCUGGAAGAGAUAGCUGUGUUGGCAGCAUUGGGUGUGCGUGUGGCGAUAUUUUUCACCGAAGCAUAUGGCCGCAACGGCAGGAUCGCCGCCAUUGCUGGCAUCGUCGUGUGGGCAUAUCUUGCGACGUUGGCUUCGUUGAGGCUCCUCCUGUCAAGCACAAGCCGGCUAUCGUUCCCUAGGCUUUGGUAUCACACGGCAUUCAUCUACGGAUUUCAAUGGAUCUUGACCGUCCUCGUCUUCCGAUCCGCCAUCAUCCAUCCUCGCUCCUCUCUUCACCAGAAUUUGACCAUCGCCGAUUUCGCUCUCAACUCAGUACUUUUAGUAAUAGCUUUAUCUUCAAGGAGAGGGAACAAGGCCGUCGAACUCGAAUACGAGGGUGAUAUCAUGCCCUCUCGCGAACCUACCGCAAGCGUCUUCUCUCUCGCUACUUGGUCGUGGGUGGAUUCCAUCGUUUGGACUGGUUACAAGAAGACAUAUGAGUUAUCUGAUGUGUGGAAUCUGGCGCCUAAAGACAAAGCCGCGGCGGUAAUCGCAGAGUAUCGACAAGUAAAAAAGACGUCAUCUCUGGCAUUCCAUCUUUUAAAGCACUUCAAGCGCGGUUUACUGAUCCAGGCGGGAUGGGCCGCUUUGUCAGGUGUCAUCGUUUUCGCUCCCACAUUGCUUCUGAAGGCUAUCUUGGAGUACGUCGAAGCGCCAGAGUAUACUCCAAAGAACGCGGCAUGGUUUUACGUGAUCCUUCUCUUCGUCUCCGGAUGCCUGUCUGCACUUGCUGAUGGCCACGCGCUGUGGGUCGGACGCAAGAUUUGCAUUCGCUUGCGCGCGAUCGUCAUCGGCGAAAUCUACGCCAAAACACUCAAGCGAAGAGCUGGUGCGGGUGCCGACAAAGUGCUGGGCGAGGGAAAGAAGAAGAAGCGCGAGGACGAGCCACAGCCUGGGCGAUUGAAGAAGAUGAUGACCUUCGGACGGAAGAAGAAGAAGACGACCCAGGCCGACCAAGCUCAGAAAGACAACGAAGAGAGCUCUGCCGACUCGCAAGUCACGACUGGAGCCAUUAUUAACUUGAUGGCCGUGGAUGCGUUCAAGGUCAGCGAAAUCUGCGCUUACCUUCAUUUCCUGUGGGCCAACACUCCUGUCAUGAUCAUCGGCGCAGUCACACUUUUAUACACCCUUCUCGGAUACAGCUCGAUUGCGGGCAUUGGGAUGAUGGUGUUCCUACUUCCAGUCAAUCUUUAUGUGUCAAAGCAGUUCUCCAGCAUCCAGAAAUUAAUUUCAGCGGCUACCGAUGCUAGGAUUCACACCACCAACGAGGUCCUGACGAACAUCCGCAUCAUCAAGUACUUCGCAUGGGAACAACGGUUUAUCGGGCAGGUUAACGAGAAGCGGACCCUGGAACUCAAGCAUUUGAAGAAGAGAUAUCUGCUCUGGGCCAUUGCUGCCACGGUUUGGUCAGGAACGCCGAUCUUAAUUACUUUCCUCUCGUUCCUCGUGUACACUAAGGUGGAGAAAAAGGAUCUUGUGCCAUCUGUGGCUUUCACCGCCUUAUCUCUCUUCCAGAUUCUCAGGAUACCACUGGAUCAAUUGGCCGAUAUGGUUGCUCACGUUCAAGAAUCCAAGGUUUCGGUCGAUCGUAUCGAAGAGUAUCUCAACGAACCCGAAACGGAUAAAUACGCUCAGUUGGUCACGCACAAGAAAGACGCAGAUGGCGCGCCUCUCAUUGGUUUCGAAAAUGGCACUUUCAGUUGGGGCGGCAAGGACCUGCAAGAUAAGACAGCCGCGGAAGCUUUCAAGCUCAUGGACCUUAAUCUGCGCUUCAAGGUUGGUCACCUGAACGUCAUCGCUGGCCCGACAGGCUCUGGAAAGACCUCGCUACUGAUGGCUCUGCUCGGAGAAAUGACCAAACUGAAGGGCGAAGUCUACCUACCUGGAGGCCGCAGCCGCGAGGAUCUAAAGCUUCACCCGGGGACUGGACUAACGGAAAGCAUCGCGUACUGUGCGCAGCAGGCAUGGCUUGUCAACGGAUCAGUAAAGGACAACAUCGUUUUUGCGAGCCAGUUCGACGCGAAGCGGUAUAAGGAUGUCAUUGUCGCAUGUUCCCUUCAGCGCGAUUUGGAGAUUUUAGAUGCUGGAGACGAGACGCUUGUUGGAGAGAAGGGUGUCACGCUUUCGGGAGGCCAAAAACAGCGUAUCUCACUCGCUCGUGCUCUUUACAGUAGAGCACGGCACGUCCUGCUCGACGAUGUUCUCAGUGCCGUCGACUCCCAUACCGCCAAAUGGAUUUUCGACAAAGCAUUGAUGGGCCCGCUCAUGUAUAACCGUACAUGCAUUCUUGUCACUCACAAUGUCAGCUUGUGUCUACCCGAGGCGGGCUUUGCUGUCGUGCUGGAAAAUGGCAGGAUAACGGCUCAGGGUACAGCCAACGAGAUCAUCGACUCCGGCAAGCUCAGCGAUGACUUCUCGAAAUCCAGGCCUGUGUCUCGUGGUGCGUCAAGGGUACCCUCAAAAGUCAACGUGCCGGGCGAUGAUGCUGAAGAGGCCCACCACGCCAACGGUAUGGCGAAUGGAAGUGCGAACGGCCUCGCAGAUCCUAAGAAGACCCCAGUCAGCAAUACGCAAGAAGAGACCAAGGCUGAAGGAGGUGUCAAGAUCGGCAUAAUUAUUAUGUAUCUGAAGGCUAUGGGCCCAUGGUACUACUGGGUUGGCGCUGCCAUCUCUUUCGCGGCUCAGCAGGUAUCCUCUGUAUCCACUAAUAUCUGGAUCCGAUCCUGGGCCAACGCGUACACGGACAAGAACAUGCAGAUCAUGGGCUCUCACCACAAGACACCGAUUACGCAUGCACCCACAUUCAAUGGAAUAGGCACCUGUCUGAACAGCGGCACAUGCAACUGGGCUAUGCCGUACUUGAAUAAUAAUCAACCGACAUCCCACCAAUACUCUUACAGCUUGAUGCAAACAAAUCUCGCGAAGCACGAUACCGAGGUAGACUCUACGUACUACCUUGCUGUGUAUGCUGUUCUCGGCAUAGUUUUCAUGUUCAUCACGUUUGUGAGAGAGGGUUUUCUGUUUGCGGGUUCAUUGGCAGCUUCGAGGCGGAUUCACGAGAGGCUGAUUCAGAAGAUUACACAUGCGAAGUUCCGCUUUUUCGACCAGACGCCGCUAGGCCAGCUAAUGAACCGAUUUUCGAAGGACAUUGAGUCCGUGGAUCAAGAAGUGGCUCCUGUGGCGAUCGGUGUGGUACACUGUCUUGCAUCCAUCAUCACCAUCGUUAUCCUGAUCUCAGUCAUCACCCCGGGCUUCCUCAUCGCUGGCUUCUUCAUCACGGUACUCUACGCUUUGAUCGGCAUGUUCUACUUGAAUUCAUCCCGAGACCUGAAACGACUCGAAUCCGUGCACCGAAGCCCGUUGUACCAGCAGUUCGGCGAGACGCUCUCUGGUAUGACGACCAUCCGAGCUUAUGGCGACGAACGACGAUUCAUCCGCGAAAAUCUCACCAAGAUCAACACCCAGCACCGGCCGUUCAUCUACCUGUGGGCCGCUAAUAGAUGGCUCGCUUUCCGAGUUGAUGUUGUUGGUGCGCUGGUGUCUUUUUUCGCGGGAGUGUUCGUGGUGCGGAACGUUGGCCGUAUCGAUGCGGGCGCUGCCGGCUUGGCACUGACCUACGCCGUGACGUUCACUGAGAACGUCUUGUGGUUUGUGCGAUUGUACUCUUCCAACGAGCAGAACAUGAACUCGGUGGAGCGCGUCAAGGAGUAUCUGGACGUCGACCAGGAAGCACCUGCCGUAAUACCAGAGAACAGUCCAUCGGUCAGCUGGCCAAGCAAGGGUGCAGUAGAGUUUAUCAACUACAGCACAAGAUACCGACCGGAUUUCGACCUUGUUCUCCGAAACGUUAGUUUCAAAGUCAAACCGGGCGAGAAAGUCGGUGUAGUGGGUCGCACCGGCGCUGGUAAGAGCUCUCUAGCUCUCGCACUCUUCCGAGCUUUGGAAGCCGAGGAGGGUCAGAUCAUCGUCGAUGACAUUGAUGUCGGCAAGAUCGGACUCCAAGAUCUGCGCAAGAACAUCGUCAUGGUCCCCCAGGAUCCCACCUUGUUCACCGGCACGAUUCGCAGCAACCUUGACCCCUUUGGCUCUUUCACCGAUGAGGAAAUCUUUCAGGCCCUCCGCGAAGUGCACCUCAUCUCCACCUCAUCGGUCGCAACUUCCGGCGCCACCACCCCCGAAGGCUCCACCACACCCAAAGCUAUCGAAAUCCCCGACCCCACAACGGGCGCCGUCGUUGCCGACGUCAACGGCAGCUACUCCGCCUCGACCGUGAACCCAUCCUCGAUCCUCGCCAACCGCGACUGGCAGCAUGGCGAAGCCCACGAUGACACCGUCAUCAUCAUGCCCUCCGGCGCCACGACCCACAACCCCGCGGGCGCGGCCGCCCUCGCGCUCAACGCCGACAACAAGAACCCCUUCCGCAACCUCAACUCGCCCGUCACCGAGUCAGGCUCGAACCUCUCCCAGGGUCAGCGGCAACUCCUGUGCCUGGCGCGGGCGCUGCUCAAGGCGCCCAAGGUGCUGCUCAUGGACGAGGCCACGGCGAGCAUCGACUACGCGACAGAUACGAAGAUUCAGGAGACGAUUCGGGAGAUUCGGAACACGACGAUUACGAUUGCGCAUCGGUUGCAGACGAUUAUUGAUUAUGAUAAAGUACUUGUGCUGGAUAAGGGGAGUGUGAUUCAGUUUGGCGACCCGCAUGAUCUUAUCAGGGAGGAAGGUGGGAGUUUCAGAAGUAUGUGCGAGACGUCAGGCGAGCUGGAGAGUCUAAUGAAGGAGGCGGAGAAGGCGUGGGGGAAGAGAAAUGGCCAGGCUCCUAUUGGAGAGGGAGAGGAAGUGGCGAAGUAGUUGAGGAGAAUGGUGGGGGGUUUUUUUUUUUUCUUUCUUUUUUUU